AUGGAGGACCAGUAUGACUUCUCUCGAUUCCCAGGCUUCCAACCUAACCCAUCAGCCUCGGCAACUAGUGAAUUCGCUCGUCUAGCACGUCAUAUGAAUUGGAGUCCACGCUCGAAGACCUACAAACGCGAGCGUUCCAAUUUCAUGGGAUCCGAGUUCGGUCUCCACUUUGGUACUGAAAGCAAACUUCAGAACUGGCAAGCUCUGUGUCGAGAGCUACAAUUAGAUAUACCAAUGACUUCUAUCACCCAAUGUCGGAAGGCGCUUGCGCGAGUUCAUGUGAAUCUGGUGGACUUGAUCGAUUCGCGCCGCACCGGCACAAUGAUCCAAAAAUUCUCGAGUUUAACGGCAUUGAGGGUAUAUACCAUGGACUCAGGGAAGGUGUUUCCUAAGAAUGCUGCCAAGAAAGAUGGAUUCUUGAAAGAUUUGCUCCGAAGGAUUUGGUGA